AUGAAUCCAUUGUAUUUAGGACGGCCUGCAUUGAAAUUAGACCAGGCAUGUCUUACGUUCCAUAACCAGCUACCAACCGGAGUUGAUGUCCUCUACACAUCUGAUUACUGCUACAAGUGUCUGUACCAGCCCCUGGUCAGUGUUCUAAAUGGUCCCCAGAAUGCAUCUGUCGUGGUCAGCACCGUCCUCACUCUGACACUGCGGUUACAACCAAUGGGCAGAAACACAACUCUCUGCAGGAGUAAGGCUAAGCCUGUGACUGGAUCCUCACAGUUCCUAAUUGAGACAGCAAAGAAGAGACAUCAGCUGUGUUCUCUGUUGGUGGCAGCUCUUCUCCUGGCACUUAUUGGUCUCCUAUGUGUCGUUGCUCCCUACCUGUACAGGAGGCGUUGUACGACCAAGCUUAUCAAGACCAUUUGUCGCGAAGGACCGCAACAUGCAAUGGAUGAUGAAACCCAAGGUUGUGGGGAUGAGGUUAACAGUACCCAACCAAAACCAACACGACUGCGCUCAUUGGACACUUUCCGAGGACUUUCCCUGACAAUCAUGGUUUUUGUGAACUAUGGAGGUGGAGGGUACUGGAUAUUUGAACAUGCACCUUGGAAUGGUCUUACUGUGGCUGAUCUUGUGAUGCCUUGGUUUGUGUUCAUCAUUGGGACGUCUGUAGUAUUGGCCUUCACCUCCAUGCAGAAAAAGGGAGUUAGCCGUCGGCAGCUAAUACGCAAGCUAACGUGGAGAACUGUGGUCCUCAUCCUUAUCGGCUUUUGUUUCAUGAACUACUCUCCAAAGGAUGGAUUAUGUAGUAUCUUGGUCUUGGCUGAGAAUCCCUGGAGUCCUCCAGCGUCUGGGAUUCACCUACUUCAUACUGUCCCUGAUGAUCGCUGGUGGGACCCUGUCCAGGAUGUGGUCUUGUAUUGGCCAGAGUGGAUCUUCAUUAUUCUCCUGGAGGCAUUAUGGCUGUGUCUCACCUUUCUAUUGCCUGUGCCUAACUGCCCCACAGGUUAUUUAGGGGCUGGUGGGAUUGGGGAUAAUGGCCUUUAUCCCAACUGUACUGGUGGAGCAGCUGGGUACAUUGACAAGUGGUUAUUGGGAGAAAACAUCUACCAUUGGCCAACAUGCAAGGCAAUGUAUCGUACUACCCAGCCCUUUGACCCAGAGGGGGUUCUGGGUACUAUCAACUCCAUUGUCAUGGGAUUCAUGGGGAUGCAAGCGGGAAAAAUUAUACUUUUUUACAGGAAAAAUGAUGUCAGCGUCCUCUCCCGAUUCCUAGUAUGGGCCAUCCUCCUGGGAAACUCAGCAGCCAUCCUUUCUAAGUGCACGCGAGACGAAGGAUUUAUACCUGUCAAUAAAAACCUUUGGUCUCUGUCGUAUAUCACCUGCAUGGGCUGUUUCUCUUUCCUCCUGCUGGGUGUCAUGUAUUUCAUCAUGGACAUUAAGGGCUGGUGGGGCGGCCAACCCUUCAUUUACCCAGGGAUGAAUUCCAUCUUUGUGUACGUGGGCCACUCUCUCCUGGGGUCCUACUUCCCCUUCAGCUGGGAGAUGCGCUUUGUGGACAGCCACUGGGAGAAGCUGUUCCAGAGCCUGUGGGCCACCUCUCUCUGGGUCCUCAUCGCUUACCUGCUAUACAGGAAGAAGUUCUUUCUCAAAAUCUAAUAGCGCCACAAUCCAACAAAUCAACUCCAGUGUUUGCUUUCAUUCUGAGCCAUUGUUGUGGGAAUUAUUGCAAAUGCUUGAUUGUUUAUUGUUUAACUCUAAA